AUGUGGGUGACGAAACUUGCCGGCGGACAAUUCGCCCUUUACAUCAACGGCGAGCAGAUCCAACCUCAUGACUCAGGUCUUGACUUUUUUAUUCCUGCUGGAACUGCCGCUGAUGACAUUUGGUACAAGUCUGAAACUGGUGCUAUGAUUCACUUCUACGGAUCGUGCUCUACAUAUACCCCGUGUUUGGGAAGAAAAGUCGUUCCUUGGACCAGAGGCGUCUCACAUAAACGACUAGGACAAGAUGGAGAGAUUUAUAUCGGGCAAUAUGAUGAAGACUUGGUUCUUACCAUUGCCGAUACUGAGACGACUUCUGAGCAAUACACUGUUUUCGCCGACGGUGUGAAGCUUGGCUCUACACAUGGACGGCUCACUCUAGGAGAUGAAAAGUACAAGAGAUCUAAUAUUCAUAUGGUUGAUGUGGGAUCUGGAGCCGCCGGCGCUCUACGAAGUAUUGCAAACGAUGGAUUCUGGGGGUCAUUCAAGAUUCCGAGAGGCGCUAAGAAGAUUACCAUCGUCGAUGAUUCGUCUGAUUUCGAUUUCGCCUUUGAGUAUCGUCUUGAUACCGCAUGUAGCUGCUAA